UAAUGAUCAUAUCCUCGAAGCAGUUAAGGUCGCGGGAUAGACAUAAAUAGGGUGGAGGAGGCAGGAGAAGUAUCAGUUCCAUCCAAGACUUCAGUCAGCUCACAAGCGGGGUAUACUGAGAACCAUGUGGAAGGCCGUAUUGCUACUGAGCUCCGCGAGUGUUGUCCUGCAGAUGGCAGUGGCACAGAGCGGAGCAGAGAGCUUACCCUUCCACGGAUACAUUCCCGGAGAUAGUGUCAGGGCGAAUGCUCCCAGAGGGGAUGGUCAACCCAACGACAUCUAUCUCGCCUACGAGAAGCCGCCCGUACUCCAAGACGACGAGGUGGUGCUCUAUCCCCGUAACUCUGACAGCUUCGGUUCGGAGGAUGGUCAGGACCCCGAGGAACACGUCUAUCAGAUCCACAAAUCAAGCAAGCUGCAGAACAAGUUCGACAAGCAUAGCAAGCACUCACACAACCAUAGCAAACGCAGCGGCAAGACACUGACAGCUGCCUCCGCUGGCAGCGAAGUCGGUGAUCAGACGUUCCCGCAAGCCCUCACCGGUCCCCUGCCAGGACCCAACUAUUCCCCUCCUUCCGCUCCUCACUAUCCUUUCCCUGCCCCUUCCCCAGGCGGCUAUCACAUUCCUGGCUACCAGGGAUAAGGGACACGCUCUCGCAUCUCCAUGUUCACCUUUUGUGUGGACGGACUUCCAAAAUGCUUUGUCAGGGCAUUAAGCCCCAUCCUGGGUAUUAUUUGUUAGGCAUUGAAGGAUGCUGCCACCAUCCUCCUCAUUCCCGUCGCUGAUCCUACAUCUGUCGCAUCUCGGCACCUGUUGAUAUCCUAUAGAAGUGUCUUGGACAUUUCUCAAUAUAUAGGACUUCAGUCUGAAGCUAUAUUUUCCUCAGGGUAUACCUGUGGUAUCCUUCCGCUUCAGUGAACUUUGCAACAGCUUCAAACCAUUAAAUACUUCCUACAAUCACAUCCUCAUAAAACAAUCCUUCAACGACCCCGUUCUUUAAGCACUUCCGGAACGAAUCCAUCCUGCUGCCAAUCCUACCGUAACCCUUCAUCCUAUCCACACUUAGUCCUUCAAGUAAUCUUGCAUAUGUCUCAUCCUUCAAGGCCACCGUCAUCCUAUCUCCCACGCCAGUUAAUCCCACGAGACCUGCUAUCCUUCAUAUCAUCCUAUAUCACCAUCAUCCUUCAAAUAUCCUUCAAAAUCCCGCACUCCUGUCCUGGCAGGAUCGGCAAGGCCAAGAGAUGUUAACAGGACAUCAGUUUUGUCCUUACUAUGUGAUAUAUUACUUAAAGUAUUUAUAAAUGUUGAAUAUACCUGUACCUGCACAUUCGUGUAUGACUGAUAGUAUUUGAUGAAUCAAAAUGUAUGCUGUAUUAUAUACAACAAAACUACCUUAAUAAAAAUGUUGAGUGUGUUUGGCGCCAUGAGUAGUCGAGCUGAGUGAAAGAAUUUGCCAGAGGCAAUGUUCGUAUUUAUACAAUAUGCACUGAUAAUAACAAAAACAAAAUAUAUAUAUACAAUUUA